AUGGUGGAGACCCGGGAAGAGAUGGGGAGAGAGGGAGAAAUAGAAAGAACACUCUGGGAGAAGUUUUGGGGGAGGUUAACACGACAGGAUAGGAUGGAUAUUCUUGUGGAUGGGUCAGGUACUCGGUAUGCAGAAGAUGAUCACCUCACCCGAUCAACCUGCACUGCAGAGUUCACAUCUGACUCUGACUCGAACUCGAACUCGCUCAUUAAGAUUGUAGUUGUGGCAGGUAUAUGUGCACCAAAUUCCUUCGAUUCCCAUGAGGGGGAAAUGACCGCGGUUUCUGACCCGAUCCGGAGACACAACUUGAAUGGAGGAUUGAUUUUAAUACGCAGACUAAAAUUAAUUAAUCACCAUGCCUGUUUGUUGAGUCCGUCGCCUAACAGAGUAAAGGAAAGCCAGAGACAGUUUGCAGAAGCCUACAAGAAUAACUGGAUAGCUACCGACAGCAUUAUGGCAGGAGCACGAGGAAAAUAG